AGAGACAGCGAGCAGCAUGAAGACAGCGAGACAGACAGAAGCGAGAGCGAGACACAGACAGAGCGAAGAGAGCGAGAGAAGCCAGACACAGAGCGAGAGAGCGAGACACGACAGAGCGAGAGCAGCGAGACACAGACAAAGCGAGAGCGAAGCGAGACACAGACAGAGCGAAGAGCAGAGAGCGAGACAAGACAGAGCGAGAGAAGCGAGACACAGACAAGCAGCGAAGACGAAGCGAGAGCGAAGCGAAGACAGAGCAAGAGCGAGACACAGACAGAGCGAAGAACAAGCGAGAAGCGAAAGCGAAAGCGAAGGCGAAGACACAGACAAGCGAGACGAAGCGAGAGCGAGACACAGAGCGAGAAGCGAGACGACAGACGAAGCGAGACGAAAGCGAAGACAGACAAGCGAAAAGAGCGACAGACAAGCGAAGACGAAAGCGAGAAGCGAGGAACAGACGAGAAAGCGAGACACAGACAGAGCGAAGAGAGCGAGACACAGACAAGCGAACGAGACGAAACCAGCGAAAGACAAAGCAAGCCAGCGAGCAAGCGAAAAGACACAGAAGCGGCGAGCGGCGAAAGAGAGAAGCGGCGAGCCAGCGAAAGGGACAAGCCGGCGAGCCAGCGGGACAAGCGAAGCCCGAGCCAGCGAAGAGACAAGCGGCGAGCCAGCGAAAAAGAGACAGAAGCGGCGAGAGCCAGCGAAAGACAAGCCGAGGCGAGCCAGAGCGAAAGACAAGCAGCGAGCCAAGCCCGAAAGAGACAAACUGACGAGCCAGCGAAGACAGAAGCGGCGAAUAAUGAAAGAGACAAGCCAACUGACCAAGCGAAAGAGACAAGCGGCGAGCCAAGCGAAAGAGACAAUGACGAGCCAAUGGCAGACAGAGCCAGCGAACAAAGCAAGCCGGGCGAGCAAAGCGAAGAGACAGAGAAAGCGGUGACGAAGCCGAAAAAGACAGAUAAGCGGCCGAAAGAGAUAAGCGGUAUUUCGAAGAAGCGGCGAAAGAGGCCAAUGGCGAGCCAGCGGGCAAACUGGCCGAAUAGCGAAAGACGAAGCGAGCCAGCGAAAGACAGAGAAGCAAUGACGAACAGCGAAAGAACAAGCGGCGGGCGAGCCAGCGAAAGACAGCAAGCCAGCCAGGCCAGCCGAAAGACAGCAAGCCAGCGAGCCAGCGAACAGCAAGCCAGCGAGCCAGCGAAAAGACAGAAGCGGCGAAGCGAGCCAAUGAAGACAGAAGCGGCGAAGCGAGCCAGCGAAAGACAAACGGCGAGCCAGCGAAAGGGAACGAAGCGAAAACGGCGGCGACAGAGAAAACGAGGAAGCGACAGAAAAACAGCGGCGACAAGAAGAAGCGGCGGCGACAGAAAACAGCGACAAGAAAACGGCAGCGACAGAGAAAACAGCGGCGACAACGCGGCGGCGACCAGAGGAAAACGGCGGCGACAGAGAAAACGGCGGCGACAGAAAACGGCGGCGACAGAAGCGGCGACAGGAAGCAGCGGCGACAGAGAAAACGGCGGCGACAGAAAACGGCGGCGACAGAAAAUGACGGCGACAGAGAAAGCUGACGACAAGCGGCGACGAAGCGAAAACAAGCGCGAACAAGCGAAAGCGAAGAACAAGCCAGCGAACAAGCGGCGAAGAAGCGAAGAAAGCGGCGAAGAAAGCAGCGACAGACAAGCGACAAGCGAAGCAGCGACAAAUGACCAGCGACAAAUAGCGAAAACAAGCAGCGAAGACAAAGCAGCGAAAGAUAAGCGAAAGCGAAGACAAGCAGCGAACAAGCGAGACAAACAGCGAGGAACAAAGCAGCGAAGACAAACCCGGCGAAGACAAACAGCGAAGACAAGCGGCGAGAAACAAGCGAAAGCGAACAAGCCAGCGAACAAGCCCAGCGAAAGCGAAGAAAGCGAAGAAGCGAGAAAAGCGGCGAGAAGCGGCGACGAACAGAAAGCGGCGGCAAAUGACGGCGGCAAAGCCGGCGAAGAGAAGCGGCGAAGACAAGCGACGAGACAAACGCAGCGACAAGCAAGCGAAGACAAGCGCAGCGAACGACAAGCGGCGAGGAACAAACGGCCGCAGAAGCGAGACGAAAGCAGCGCGAAGACAGAAGCGAGCGAAGAACGAAAGCAGCGCGAAGACGAAGCGGCGAAGACAAACAGCCGACAGAACAAGCGGCGACAAGCACAACAAGCGACGGAACAAGCUGACGGCGACAAAAGCCAGCGAGCAAGUGACAGCGACGAAGCAGCGACAGAACAAGCGAGACGAACAAGCGGCGAGGGCAAGCGCGAAGAAGCGGCGAACAAGCGGCGAAGACAAGCGGCGAAGAAGACGAAGCGGCGAAAGCAGCGGCAGAAGAAGACAGCGGCAAGCGAGCGAACAAGCGCCGGCGAACAAGAAAGCAGACAAGCGCGCGAAGCGAAGCAGCGAGGCAAGCUGAGCGAACAAGCCAACGCAGCGACGAGCAAGCGAGAGAACGAAGACAAGCCGCGAACGAAGAAGACAACGAAGACAAGCGGCGAAGACAAGCGGACGAAGCAAGCAGCGAAGCGAGCGACGACAGACAAGCGGAGCGACAGAAAAAGCGGCAGCGACGAACAAGCGAAGCAGACAAGCGGCGACAAGAAAGCGGCGACAGAAGCGGCGAACGCAAGCGACAAGCGGCGACAGAAGCGGCGACAGAGAAGCGGCGACGACAAGCAGGCGACAGACGAAAGCGUGGCGACGAACAAGCGACUGGCGACAGAAGAAGCAAGCGGACGAGCGACGACAAGCGGCGACAGAAAGCUGAAGCGACAGAGAAGCGAGACAAGCGGCGACAGAACAAGCGGCGGCGACAGAAGAACGGCAGAACAGACAGAGCGGCGAGCGACAGAAGAAGAAGCGGCGGCGACAGAAGAAGACAAGCCGAGCGACAGAAGCGCGCAGAAAGAACGCGGCGGCGACAGACAAGCGGACGACAAGCGGCGAGCGACAGCGGCGACAGAAGACGGCGAAGACAAAGCGGCGAACGACAAACAAAGCGAAGAGCAAGCGGCGAACAAACGAGCAAGCGAGAAGAAGCGGCGAAGACAAGCGGCGAGCAGACAAGCGGCGAACAAAGCGAGCGAAGACAAAGCAGCGAAGACAAGCGAGACAGCGGCGACAAGCGGCGAACAAGCGGCGAAGACAAGCGGCGAAGACAAGCGAAAGCGAAGAGCAAGCAGACAGAAACAAGCGACAGAAAGCGAGACAAGCGAGCGAGAGCGAAAGCGACUAGCAACGAAGCAGCGAAGCAAGCGAGCGACAAGAAAGCAGCGGCGACAAAAAAAGCCGGCGAACAAGCGGCAGCGACAGAAGCGUAGCGACAGAGAAGCGGCGAACAAGCGGCGACAGAAAAACGAAACGGCGACAGACAGACAGCGACGAGCAAGCGGCGAAGACAAGCGACAGGCAGAAGCGAAGCGGCGACAGAAAACGACGAGCUGGCGACAGAGAAGAAGCAGCGGCGACAGAACGAAGAACGGCGGCAGACAAGCAAGCGGCGACAGAAAACGAAAGCGGCGACAGAGAAAACAGCGGCGACAGAAAACAACCCGGCAGCAGAAAACAGCGGCGACAGAAAAAUGA